GCUCUAAACAGCAAACAAAGCACACUUUUGUGACGUGUUCGGAGCCGCGUAAACAAUCGUACUCGAGAGGAACGAAAGUAGCCAUGGGUUUGAUCAGGAUAUUUCUUUCGUUAUUUUCUCUGGCGUUCAAGACGCUAGAAUCUGUUGGUUUUCUCUGGGAUUUCCGUGUUCGAUUAGCGGAGUUUAUUUAUGGCAAACAAGGUGCUACUAUCGGCGGGCCUUCCAAUCCGAUUUUGAAAAUACCCGCCAAAGUAAUCGUGCGGUAUAUAAAGCAACGAAAGAUGACUUGUGUAGAAGUAAUUCAAGCUUUUAUCGGCAGGAUUCAUGAAGUAAAUCCCUUGAUAAAUGCUGUUGUAGCGGAUCGAUUCCACGAAGCUUUGGAAGAAGCGAGAGAUAUUGAUAAGGUCCUCGAUUUAAGCGAAUCGAGCGAGGAAAAAUCUGCUCUAUUGAAGAAACCUUUGCUCGGAGUUCCUGUAACGGUGAAGGAAUCACUUGCAUGCAAAGGAUUCCCUAAUUCGGCCGGACUUGUGGAUCGUAAAAACACGAUUGCUACUAAAAAUGCGAGUGUUGUUGAAAAUCUUCGACGGGCCGGUGCGAUCCCGAUCGCUGUCACCAACUGUAGCGAGUUAUGCAUGUGGUGGGAGACGGCAAACAACUUGUAUGGACGAACAAAUAAUCCUUACGACACAUCCAAAAUAGCCGGAGGUAGCUCUGGCGGAGAAGGAGCAAUUAUUUCCGCGGCUGGCUCUGUGUGUGGCGUUGGUUCUGAUGUCGGUGGAAGUGUGCGCAUGCCCGCAUUCUUCAACGGAAUAUUUGGUCAUAAGCCCAGUCCUUCCAUAGUCCCAAAUCAAGGACACUUUCCUAAAGGCACUAGCGAGGCAUUCGAUGAGUAUCUAGUUAUGGGACCAAUGUGUAGGUACGCCGAUGAUCUUAUUUUAAUGCUGAAGGCUAUGGCAGGUCCUCGACUCCAUGAACUUCGACUGGACGAAGAAAUAGACCUAUCAUCUCUCAAAGUCUACACCUUGGACAUAGAGGGUCCUUUUCUGACUUCACCUGUAGACCCCGAUAUUCUGAUGGCCCUACAACAAGUCUGUACCUUCUUACAGGAGCGCCAUAAAGCGACAGUUCAAGAUACUAACUUGAACCUGUUUCAGUAUUCUCCUCUCAUCUGGUCUGCCACGGUUCUUGCAGCUGAGAAUAACAGAUUCGCAUCACAGAAUUUAAGCAAUGAGUCCGAGGCACUGGCAAUGAACCCUUUCACCGAGAUUUUCAAGUAUUUCCUGGGUUAUUCAAAAUAUCACUACGUCACCCUGACGGUUGCAGGGAUUGAACAAGUUCGAGCGCCUUUUGCCAACUGCCUGCCUGAUGUGGCAUCAAACUUCGUGAAAAUGGGCGUCGAAUUAAGGGAACAAAUUCAAACCCUUCUCGGGGAAGACGCCAUUUUGCUUUAUCCCUCCCACCCUAGUACGGCGCUUUCACAUCACCGCCCAUCCCUUGCUCCGUUCAAUUUCAGUUACACCUCUAUUUUUAACGUGCUUCAUCUUCCGGUCACGCAAUGCCCUCUGGGUCUUGAUAGAAAUGGACUGCCACUGGGCAUACAGAUCGCGGCUGGAAGAAAUAAUGACAGGCUGUCAAUCGCUGUUGCGAAGCAACUGGAACGUCAUUUUGGUGGGUGGAAUACCUGUUACCCUGGUAAAAAUUCUCAGAAGAAGCAGAUAUAGAUAAUAAAUUCAGAAAUUACAGCGAAUAUUGCAGAAGGGUUGCUAAACAGCCUUGAAUUACUUUUCAAACCCAAAAUGGCGAUUUUAAAGCGAAUUUGUGGAUGUGUUCUUUUUAAAUUUAUUUGAUCAGGAUAAGUAAUCUUUACGGGGAUAUGGAUCUUUACGUGGGCUGUAUGGAGUAGCUCGAGCAGCAGACUGCAUUUUUAAUAGUGCAAUCGACGAAGUGAUAUUUCGCCAGGGCGAAUAUCUUAAAAGUUCCUCCGAUUUCUGAUGACUUGCGUGGUGAAUUACGGUGCUUGCAGUGUACUUUAAUUCUGGGUAAAUAAAAGCAAAGCUUGUUUAACUUUCAAUUCUUUUUUUAUAGAGUAUUAGACUCAAUAGUGGAGCAACCUUUAGGACACUUAUGAAAGCGUUCCCAAAAUUUCUCUGAAAUUUUUAGUUAAAUCAGGAAAAGGACUGUAUUUAUAAAGAAAGUUUUAAGUUAAAAAGAUAAUACAAGUAGUAAAAAAAAUUAUGUUA